GGAGGUAACUGGAAGAAAACAGCAUCAGCAGCAGGUUGUGAAACUGAAAGGACUUUUUAUUACUUCCUGAUUCACCCAGUAGAGAAUACAUUCUACACAAAUUGAUAUAAAAAACAAUUAUCCAUAUAUACAUAACAACUGACAAUACUUGAGCAGUGUGAUUAAAAUAAUAAUCAGAUAAUCAAUGUAUUGACCUGACCACCCCUCUGAUGCCACAAUGGAACAGUCCAUUUGUUACAGCAACUUGCCUUAUGGAUAGAACAUCUUCAAUGACACAAACUAGAAGAUGUUACUGAUGAAAGCAAGGGCAGUCUAAUGGAAAAUAGGUAAAGAAAUAAAUGGACAAAGAGCGACCCUCAACAAGCAAUGACAGAAAUAAUAUUCGAAAAUCGUCCAUUUCCAAAUCUAAUAAUGAGAAAAUCCGAGAUUCUAAUGACCGAUCAACAUCAAGACUCAGAAGUUCUUCUCUCGAUAGACGGAAAAGAUCUACAAGAAGGUCUGAAGAAGUUCAUGCUCUUAAGGACUCUGAUUCAACUUCAGAAUAUUAUAAUAAUGAAACAAAAGAUGAAAAUUGUAGACUCAGUCAGGCACAAGGUAGACCAGCAUCAAGGUAUGGGUCUACAGAAAAACUACUGCAGGGUCAGGAAUACAUGCAUACUAAAACAAAAAAGCCACAUUCAGAAGACAGAAAAAGAAACUCACAGUCUGAAGACAGGAGAAGGAGCUCCAAACAAUCUAUUGGCGAUGAGGACAAAAAAAGUAGACAUAGCAGUGGAGGGAGCCGUAUUUCCUUCCAGAAAUUGCCAAAAAUCAACGAUAACGAUUCAGCAUCAAAAUAUGAAAUCUCAACUGAGUAUCCUAUGUCUGAUAUGUAUAAUAAUCCACCUACUGAUCAUCAGCAUGUACGAAUGGUUAAAAGCAAAUCUGAUGACAAUGCCUCAGCACAUACAAUCAGUAAUAGCCAUUCUGGAAGACAUAACUCAAAAACAUCAUCAGAUGUCAAAAGGUCAAAAACGAUCGAAAGCUCCAUUCCCAAUCAAUUUAAUAAAAAUGAUUUUAGUAUGCCAAUGUUUUAUGGUGUGAAUUCUGAUCGAGGAAGACAAAAAAUUCUGAAUAGCGAUCAUACAAUAAGCCUGUCAAAUGAAUCUAGCACUAGUAACGAUUUAUACAGUAAUGGGAGUAUGUCAGGAAUACCAGAUCAGAGUCGACAGUAUCUUUCAAUUGAUAUGGAAAGGCUAAAACAUCAGAAGAGUGAAGAAGAUUUAAGUAUAGCUACAUUAAGUGGAUAUAGUCAUCAUGGGCUUCGUCAUAGUUUUCCAAGUUCACCAUUCACACAAAUUAUUCCGGUUGAUGUGCCAAAAGGGAAAUGCAAAUUUUUCUACAGCAUUAUUUUUUUAUUUUGCUCAUUGAUAGUGUUCUGUCCUACAUGUGUGCUUUUGAGCGUUCUGUUGCCAAUAAUUUAUUUCAUAAAAAAAUUGUGUUCAUGUUGUUGUUGCUACGGAAACAAAUGUCAAGCAGGAGAACUGUUGACUAAAAAAGAAAUGCUAGCUUUACGCCAAUGUCAAGGUAAAACUGACAUCUACCAAGCCUUACUUAUAGUUGAAGCUGGUUUGGAUAUACAUCGAAUUCAAGAUCUCAUCAAUGCAAGAAUAGUUUGUGCUGAGGAUGAAGAGGGCAUAAAGUUAUAUCCAAAGUUAACCAAAAAAAUUGUUCAAACAUGUUCUGGUCUUGCUUGGGUUCAAGAUUCAAACUUUUUAAUGAAAAAUCAUGUUUUUCCUAUGCCUUCCUCAUUAGAAAAUUUAGAGGAUUUACAAGAAUACAUUUCAAAUAGAAGUUCUCGAUCUUUGACCUCAGGUCACUCUCCAUGGGAAAUACAAGUUUUACAUGGUUUUGGUGAACACCGUGAUACCAUACUAUACCUCAGACUUAGCUCUUGUAUUAUGGAUGGCAUGUCACUAAUGUAUGUAUUACAGAAAUCUUUAUCCGAUACCGGUUAUGUGACUGCACCCAAACUUAAAUUUUCCCGCCAAAAUAUAUUUCUCAAUAGUUUGAAGUCGCUAUUUGUAGGACCUUUAGUGUUUAUGCAAAAAUACUUAUUUAUGAAGAGAGAUUUUAAUAUGUUCCACGGAGAUCAUGUUCAUAUAUCAGGGAAACAAGUAAUGACAUGGUCUGAACCUUAUGACCUUGAACAGGCCACUCGUAUCAAACAAAUCACCAGAAGUACAAUGAAUGAUAUUUUGUUAUCUGUGACAGCAGGUUGCAUUCGGACGUAUUUUAAUCAAAAUGGUGUUUUAAAUCCUUAUGAUAUCAAAAGUAUGAUAGCAGUUCAUUACAAUUCUGGUUGUUCAUAUUACACAACUGAAAAUAACAAUUACAUACACAUGAGUGUACCUAUACCAACAAAUACAGAGGGCGCUAUUCCUCGUUUGUGGAAAGUUAAACAUAUAAUGGAUAAAUUAAGUUCUAGUGCAUUAUUUUCAGUGACUCGAGGGGCAAUUUGGGUCACUUCGUGUCUGUUUUCUGUUGGUAUAUUUCAGAAAUUUUGGAAUCAUAUUCAUGGUAAGUUCACUUGUGUCAUUUCAAAUAUUCCUGGACCAGAAGGAACUCUGACAUUUGCAUCAAAGCAAAUUAAGUCUGUGAUUUAUUGGGUUCCACAGUUACACAAUAUGGCUGUAGGAAUUUCAUUCCUAAGUUAUGGACAGUCUAUUCGGAUGGCUGUGGUUGCAGAAAGAUCAGUGCUUCCAAAUCCUGAGGUGCUCACUAGAGACUUCAUUGUUCAGAUGGAUAAAUUAUCAGAAUUACUUGCUCACAGAAGAAUACCAGGAGAGUAUCUUACAAAGAAAAUAGAGUCUUUACAACAACUAGAUGAUGAAAUACAGGCAGAGCCUACUGUCCAUCAGCUCCAGAUGAAAAUGGCAGUUAUACAACAAGAAAUUCAAGAUCUGAAGGGUCAGCUAGAUACUGAUGGUCGUCAGAGGCAUUUCUCUAAAGACCAAAAAAUAAGCAAGAAAAUUGAGACUUUAAAAGAACAUUCUAGGGAACUUUUGGUUGAAUGUCGACAGAGAAAAGCUGCUGAGAGUGAAAGUGCUAUGAUUCUAACAGAAGAUGACAAUGAUAUUGAUGAUGACAGGGAAGAUGGUGAAGUAAGGCGACCAUUCCGUAGGAGAACAUUAUCCAUCAGUUCUCGUGUUUCACGUCUGUCAACUGCCUCAGUUUCAUCAACAGCACGGCCACUAGCAGCUACAACACCUACUACGCCAAUAGACUUCCCAGAUGACAUUUCUCAGGAUUCUUUUAGAACUGAUGGUACAUCCCACAUCAAUCGUCCUAUGUACAGACGACAGCAGUCAGACAUGAGAGAUCAAAUGCAAAUACUAGAAUAUGCAUCCUCACCCCUUGCAGAAAGAAGAUUUAGAACAUUUUAGGCAAUAUUGAGAGAUAUAUAUGCAUUCUGCCCAUUUCCUGAAAGGAGACUCAGAACAAUAUAGGCAAAGUCUGUAUUUGUAUCUUACCAUUUUCCUGAAAGAAUUUGCAGAAUAUCAUAACAUUUUAGGCUAAAUUAUAAUAUAUGCAUCCUAUUAGCAGAUUAGUUGUAUGAAAAAACUUCUAGAACAUUUUUAGGCAAAAUUGAUAUAUGCUUCUUGCCCAUUAACUGAAUGUAGAUUCUAAACAUUAUAGGCAAUGAUUGAGCAUCCUACUAGUUUUCUGAAAGGAUUUUCAGAACAUUUUAGGCUAAAUUAUAACUUAUGCAUCCUACCAGUUUCCUGAAAGACCUAUUAGGCAUUUUUAGGCUAAGUUAUAAUAUAUGCAUCCUGUAAGCAUUCCAUGAUUUUUAUUAAAGAAUUGUCAAGACAUUUUAGGCUAAAUCAUAAUAUAUGCAUUCUUCUGGUUUUAUGAAUGAAUUUUCAGAACAUUUUAGGCUAAAUCAUAAUAUAUGCAUUCUACAGGUUUUAUGAAUGAAUUUUCAGAACAUUUUAGGCUAAAUCAUAGUAUAUGCAUUCUACCUGUUUUAUGAAUGAAUUUUCAGAACAUUUUAGGCUAAUUCAUAAAAUAUGCAUUCUACCGAUUUUAUGAAUGAAUUUUCAGAACAUUUUAGGCUAAACCAUAAUAUAUGCAUUAUACCGGUUUUAUGAAUGAAUUUUUAAAACAUUUUAGGCUAAACCAUAAUAUAUGCAUCCUGUUUAUAUGCUACCACUAUUAUAAAAGAAUUUUCAGAACAUCUUGGGCUAAAUUAUGAUAUAUGCAUCCUACCAGUUUUAUGAAUGAUUUGUCAGAACAUUUUAGGCUUAAUUAUGAAAUAUGCAUCAUGGCCACUUACUGAAACAAUAUUCAGAACAUUUUAUGCAAAUAAACUCAUCCUAGAUACCAGGAUGCCAGACACACGUUUCGUCUUCAAAAGAUUCAUCAGUGAUGCUUGAAUAAAAAAAAUUAAAAGGGCCAAAUAAGAUACGAAGUUGAAGAGCAUUAAGGACCAAAAAUUCCAAAAGGUUUUGCCAAAUACAGCUACAGUUAUCUAUUCCUUGGGUAGAAAAAUUCUUAGUAUUUCAAAAUUUCAAAUUUUUUGUCAAAGUUUGUAAACAGUUAAUUUAUAAUUGUGAUCAUGACAAUUCAUGUCAACACAGAAGUGCUGGUGAUACCCUUGGGGAAGAAACCUCCACCAGCAGUGGCUAUAUCCUAGUGGUUGUAAAUAAACUCAUCAUAGAUACAAAAUAGAAGUAAAAGCAUUCAUUUCAGUCACUAGAAGAAGAUAUGUUUUUUUUGGCAAAUUUGCGUCCUGUCAUCUUUCUGAAAAAGAUGCAGAUUAAUUUAUUUAAAAUAUGUUUUGGGAAGUAAGGCAGAAAGAAAACAGAAAGCAAUCAUUUUUUUCAUGUUUUUUUUCCUUCAAGACUUUCUAUGCUUAAAUGUUCUCAAAUAUGAGAAAAAAACAGUUUUUAUGAAAUUAAAAUUUGUUUUAAAAGAAUUUCUAAAUUUACAGAAUAUCAUUUUUUGGUACUUGCAGACAAAAUCAUUAUGUCAAAAUAUUUACCAAUCCUAUGAUUUGUUUUAAUGAUAUAAACAUUUGGUUUAUAGAUUACAUAUGAAUUUAAAAGUGGUGUUGCAUUUCUCUUGCCAUGCAAUAGGUUUCAUAUUGAAUAAUUUGUAUCCUAUUAAAAUGAAAAUUGAAAUUUUUGUUCUUAGAAAACCAAAGUAAAAAUUGGCUUGAAACAAAUCUUUGUAAUUAAAGAGAAAAUUGAUGAUCGUAUUGUGAUUUGAUUGUAAUGCAGAUUUCCAUCAAAUUCUUGAAUUGAUUGCAACUCUUAGGAAAGUUGCCUCAACAAUCCUGAUUGUUUUUCUUUGCAAAAUUCAAAGCUAGUAAAGCUCAAUUGAUUUUUCCUUUUUAGUACCGGUGGAUUUGCAUUUUGUUCUAACAGAAGACAUAUAGUUCACUUUAAUUUAUACAUGAGUUUAUUUAAGAAUAAGAAAGAAUAAGCAAUUAAAAAAAAUAUAUAAAAAUAUUGGAACAUCGCAGAAAAAUCAGCCAAACUGCUAUGAAAGAACUUGUUCGAUUAAAAAAGUAACACAGUGACAAGAACAAGCAAUUAAGAACAUUUUUUUUUUACAAAGUCGCUUCUACUGAAAUCUAGAAGUUCCCUCUCUACCCCCUGAAAUACAAUUUUUCCCCUUGUGUUUCAUUUUUGUCAUGGAUUCAAUUUGAAUUCUGGACAACUAAUGUACUUGAGAAGUUGAAUUUUUAUUUAUGUGUUAUUAAACUAAAUAAUGUUGCAAAAACAUAAAAUUUUGAAUGAUUUGAUAAAACUGAAGAUGUUUGAUUAAUAUAUUGUAUACAUGUAAAAACAGGAUAAAUUACAUUGUGAUUAACUUAAAAUCAUAUGUACAAACAACAGUAUGUUAUUUGUAUUCAUUAUGUCUGCUCAUUUGGGUCAAGUGCAAUAGACUUAACUUUCAGGGUCAAAUGUUUGUAUUUAUAUUUAUUGUGUUUCUGUAAGAACUUUCUUAGGAAAGGGAGACAACUGCAAGACAUUGUAAUAUUUUGAAAUAGAUUUGUCUCCCUUUAUCUAUAUUAGACUCACCUCUGCAACUAUGAAUGUAUGUCACAUUUGUUCUUCCUAAUUUUAAUUUAGAAUGAACUCUUUUUUGUUGUUGUAGUUUUCAAAAUUUGUGUAAUAAUUGUCAAGUGACGAGUAAGUGUGUCUGUGUCAAGUCGGGAACCUCAUCAGUUGAUGUCUUUAGUUAUAUCUCAAUGGUGUAUUGGAAAUUUAGUGUGGAAUUUAGAUCUUUGAGAGUCUCUGUAAAGUUUUUUCACACUUGUUUUUUAAUCUUAGGGAUUUCAAGCUUGAAAUGUUUUAAAGACAUAUGGUUAUGUUGUUUUCUAGAUAUCUUUUCAUUUUGUUUGAUGUCAGUUGCUAUAUCUCAAUGACAAAUACUCAAUAUCUCUUUUAUUCAUACAAAAAGUUUCUGUGAGUAAGAUUUCAGAAAAAAGUAUGAUAUAUAUUAAUCAAAUGCAAUUUUCUUCCUCUUUACAUAUGCAGUGAAGUAAAUUUUAUGACUAACAUGUAUUUAUAUAUUUAGUUAUUGUGCACAUUUGUCUAUGCUUUAAUUAAUAUCUGUCAACCAUUAUGUGACAUCUGUCAUCAUCUAGCAAACUAAUUUUCUGUAAAUUUUCAUUUUUUUCAAUGAAAAAUAAAUUGCAUUUCAAAGUGAUUCUCACAAUGUGUAUCUGAUGAUAUAUAGAUAUUUAUAGAUUAUAACAUAUCCUUUUCCAUAUUAGCCCUGGUAUCAUCCAGAGACUUUAAAAUCAGCCAAGGCGCUAGCCGAGGGCUCAUAUGGGUCUAGGGAUGAUAUCAGGGCUCAUAUGGAAAAGAACAUGUUAUAAUCUAUUUAUCGCAUAUUAUACAAAUGCUUUAAAAGAAAAAAGAAUUUCAUUGUUCUGCCGGUCUGGCAAGUUCAUACAUGAUUUGUCCUCCACUGAAAUAACUUAAUUCAUGAUAACAAAGCUCCCCAACAGUUCAAAACUAUAGUCCUUGAAUAUUAGAAAUAUGAAUAGGGCAAAUCUGCGGUUAUUGCAUAUGCAAAACCCAAUGUUUUCGUAACAAAUAUGUGAUAAAUAUAUAUAUAUGAUGUGGUCAAGGACAACCUCAUUAGUCCUGAUAAUUGAAGUUGAAACCAGUACUAGUUGGAUAAUUGACUUUACAAUUUUGAUUUUAUUUAUGUAUAUAAAUUAUAUUUAAUAUAUUAAUGAGGCAGACAAUACUUAAAGCAGCAUUUGGUGUUAUGUUUUCAUUGUAAGGGGUACAUCCAUGGUUUUUGCCUGGGGUGCUUGAACUGAAGAUUUUAAUGGUUCAAAUGGCUAAGAUUAAACAGAUUUCAUGUUAGAUUGAAACGAAUAUCAAAUGAAAUUAACAAUGUUUAAGGACUAUUAUCAGUCAGAAAUCUUUUUGAUGUGAUUGUGAAACAAGUAUUCAAUAAACAAGAUAUUUUUCUUCUGUCUGAUUUCGUUCCAUUUGACUAGAUUUUGAUAGUGGAUAUAAUUUUUUAAAUUGUUUAAAAUGUGCAAUAUGAACAAUUUGGAUAUUGUUGUCAUAGAUAUUUAUGUUCAUAUCUGGUAUCCUUUUUCUGAUAUUUUGAAUAUUGCCUUUCUCCAGAAAUGAAUGUUCUUGAGGAAUGAGCAACAUGUGAAAUAUUUUUGCAUAUGUUUAAUGUUGAGACUAAGGAGAUAUUCUGGUAAAGACAUAAAUGAUAAAGAAAAAAUGUCAGUAUCUUCUUCAAUUUGUGUUGUGCUACAAGGAGUAUUUUGCAAUCUUCUGUGUAAUUACUGGUACUAAGUUAUGUUUAUAUAUUGUUCCCAGUUAUUAAAGGGAAAACUUUCUAAACCUAACAUGUUUAGAGCACUGCAGAUAUUGUUCACACUAGACAGGUUUUCAGUUUACACAGGUAUACUUUCUGAUGAAUAUUUAUUGAAUAUCCUAAUACAAUAGUUCACUGUAGUACAUAUUUCCAUAUAAUAUUGCACAUGGUUUGGUUUAGACAAGCUUCACAUUACAAGUCAAAAGGGAAAUAACUCUAUUUGAAUGCUAAUCUAGUUUAACAUUCAUUUUAUAUAUUAUGGAAGAUAUUAGUUUAUGAUCUUUUGAUCAUCAGUCUAUGCCUUUAUUGUUUUAUUUUGUAAGAAAUGUGCAAUAUACAGUAGUGAGUGGUUUACUUGUUGAUGUUUACAUAUGUUUUACAAGUUGUUUUUGUGAAAUAGUUGGAUUAAAAUAAUUGCCCUUCA